CAUGCAAAUAGCAGUUAUCCGCCAUGUGGUUUCUAGAAUAUUAUUACACAAUACCAUAUAUGACGUUGUUCCCCUUUCUAGCAAGUUAACAGUUUUGGACACUCAGCUUCCUGUUAAACAAGCAUUUAAAAUAAUGCAUGAUGAGGGUCUUGCUCUGGUUCCUCUUUGGGAUGACCGCCAGGGAACCAUAACAGGCAUGCUCACUGUAUCAGAUUUUGUUUUAAUCUUGAGAAAGGGGAUAUUGUGCAUUGGUGUGCUAAAACGUUCUAGGCAGCAGAAAGCAAUAUCACGGGAGCAAGCAGCCAAAGAUCUGCAAGUAAGUACUUGGUUCAUACUUCAAAUGUGACAUCAUGGAAUCCUUUGAUUGGAUAUUUCUUUGUUUUGAGCUAUUG